AUGAAUUAGAUUGUGCUUUUAUUUCUGUUUACUUUGUCUUUUCUUUAAGAGGGUAAUUAUUUAUGAUAAACAAAGGUGGUUUUGGGUGUCCAGCAGGCACCUGGGGAAUAAGUCCUUGUUUACCAUGUAUGAGUCAGUGUGCCACUUGUAGUAUAUCUACAUAAUGUAAUUCUUGCAAACCUGGAUAUUAUUAUGUAUCAUCUGGAUUUGGUUAAUGUCCUAAUUGUUCAACAGUAUGUAAGACUUGUACUUCAUCCAGUACAUAAUGUACAAGCUGUAAUGAUGGAUAUUAUUUAUCUGGAACUUCUUGUCCUGCAUGUUAAAGCCCAUGUUCAAAAUGUAUAACUACAAACAGUAAUUGUACUGAUUGUGUAAAUGGCUUUUAUUUAUCAGGAUCAACCUGUGUAAGUUGUUCAAAACCAUGUGCUUAAUGUACAUCAUCCCCAACAAAUUGUACAGUGUGUGUUGAUACAGCUAAUUAAUCUAUUCCAAAUUGUGAUUGUAUAUAACCUAAUAAAUACAUGGACACAAUUACUUAUAUGUGUAACAACUGUGUUUCUCCUUGUUAAAAUUGUAGUUCAGCAAUCAUAUGUGAUAGCUGUGUGAAUGGAUAUGUAUUAUCUGGGCAUACUUGUCUUCCUUGUACAAAACCAUGUGCAAAUUGCAUUACUAAUUAAACUAUUUGUUCAACAUGUAUGGAUUCACUUAAUCAAAUACCUUCUAGUUGUAAUUGUAAUAGUGGUUUCAUAAUGAAUUCAUCAACAUAUAUGUGUGAUUAAUGUAAUCAUCCAUGCUUUACAUGUUAAAAUUCAAUUAAUGAAUGUCAUGCUUGUUUUUCUUCAUAUUAAUAUGAUUCAACUGCUCAUACUUGUACAUGUUUAACUAAUCAAUACGAAGAUAAUGGUAGUCCAAAAUAAUGUUAAAAUUGUUAAUCACCAUGUUUAACAUGCUCUAGUUUUACAGAUUGUAAUUCUUGUGUAAUUGGAUUAAAUAGACAUUUAUAAGGAAAUAGUUGUAUUUGUGAUGAUGGCUAUUAUGAUGAUGCUGGAAUAUGUACACUAUGUCCAUUAUCUUGUACUAAAUGUACUUCUGCUACAAUUUGUACAGAAUGCAAACAUCUUUCACAUUAAGUAUUAAAUGAUUGUCAUUGUAUUGAUACUUAUUAUAUGAAUGCUUCAUAUAUGUGUUAAUCAUGUGUUAGUCCAUGUGUUAAUUGCUCAAGUGGAAGUGUUUGUACAUCUUGCAUUAAUAAUUAUUAUUUAGCUUCUCCUAAUUGCUUAUAAUGUACACUACCUUGUUAUAAUUGUGUUGAUUUAAAUACCAAAUGUACAAGUUGUGCACAUCCUCUUUAAACUGUUAUAAGUAAUUAAUGUAUCUGUAAUGAUGGAUAUUACAUGGAUACUUCUUAUUAUUGUUAAUCAUGUACUCAUCCAUGUUCUAAAUGUACAACUACAAGUACAUAUUGUACAGAUUGUGCUAAUACAUAUAUUUUAAGUGGAUCAAAUACUUGUGUGUGUGCAGAUGGAUUUUAUGAAGAAAUAGGAAAUAAUCCUAGUAAUUGUUAAAUUUGUACUUCACCAUGUUCAAAAUGUGUUAUAACAUCCACUCAUUGCGUAACAUGUAUUGAUACACAUUAAACUGUUAAUACUACAACAUAUUAAUGUUUAUGUAAUAUAGGUUGGGUUGCAAAUGGUAAUUAUUGUGAUUAAUGUGUAAAUCCUUGUAGAGAAUGUACUGGAAUAACAACUUAUUGUACAAAUUGUAAGGAUAUACAUCAUUAACCAACUAGUGGAUAAUGUAUUUGUGAAUAUGGAUGGGUAAAUGAUGCUAAUUAUGAUUGUUAACCAUGUUUAACCCCUUGUAGUUCAUGCUCAAUUAAUAUUACUCAUUGUAAUUCUUGUACAGAUCCUAAUCAUAUAAUAAAUGCUAGUUAUUAAUGUAUAUGCUAAGAUACAUAUUACUCAGAUACAAUAUCACAUUGUGCACCUUGUUAAUAACCUUGUGCCAAAUGUGACUCUAAUGGAUGUCUAACUUGUAUUGAUAUAAAUUAAUCUGUUGAUUCAAAUCUAGAUUGUGUUUGCAAUAACGGCUAUUACAUGGAUUCAGUUAAUUGUUUACCAUGUUAAUUACCUUGUGUUUAUUGUACAUCAUCUUUAGAUUGUUUGACUUGUAUUGAUAUUAAUUAAACUAUUAAUAAUGAUAGAUGCGUUUGUAAUAAUGGAUAUUUUUUAAAUGGAAAUUAUUGCAACUUAUGUUAAUUACCUUGUACAAAAUGUGUAACAAGUUAAGAUACUUGUACAGAAUGUGUAGAUUCAAAUCAUAUUCUUAUUAAUAAUAAAUGUAUAUGUAAACCUGGAUAUGGUUAAUCAUCUUUGAAUGUUAAUUAUUGUUCUAUGUGUUAAUAUCCAUGUUUAGAAUGUUCAUUAACUGUAAAGACAUGUACUAAGUGUAUUGAUAGUAGUUUAUUUAAGAUAGAAAACAAUGAAUGUAUUUGUUAGUAAGGAUAUUAUAUGUAAAACAAUCAAUGUUAAAGAUGUGCUCCAUAAUGUAGGACUUGUGAAUACUAUGAAGAUAAUUGUUUGAAUUGCAAAGAUAUUACUUUUAUUCAAUUUGAUAAUUAAUGCUUCUGUGAUUUUGGUUAUUAUUUAGAUUUUUCUUUUUAAUGUAAAUUAUGUAAAGCACCUUGUACAACUUGUUAGUAUUUUAAUAGUUUUUGUACAUCCUGUAUAGAAGAAUAUUAAAAUUUGAUUAAUCACAAAUGUAUUUGUUAAGAUGGAUACUAUAUGUAAUAUGAUAAAUGUUAAAAAUGUUAUUCUACUUGCACUAAAUGUUUUAGUUUAUAGAUUUGUAAUGAAUGUAUAGAUGGAUACUAUCUUUCUAAUGACAUAUGUUAAAAAUGUGAAAUUUAAUGUUCGACAUGCAUAAAACAUGAAGUCUGUUUAUCUUGUGCUGAUGGAUAUUAUAUGGAUACAUUACACUAAUGUAAUACUUGUAUUAGUAAUUGUAAAGAAUGUGAUAAUGCAUUUACAUGUCUUGAAUGUAUUGAUGGGUUCUUUAUUAAUGAAGAAUAAUGUUUAAAAUGUGAUGAUAAUUGUCAAACUUGUAUCGAUGAAUAUUAAAAGUGUUAAAGUUGUAAUAAUAAUUUUUAAUUAAUUAAUAAUAAAUGCAUUUGUCAAAUUGGUUAUUAUUAUUAAAAUUAUAAAUGUUUACAAUGCGAUUACCCAUGUAUUAAAUGUGAAAAUUAAUAUAAAUGUGAUUAGUGUAUAAUGAUAUCAAAUAUUAUAUUAAAUAAAGACAAUAAAUGUGUGUGUUAAGAUGGAUAUUUUUGGUUAGAGAAUGUAUGUUAAGUAUGUGAUGACAAUUGUUAAACUUGUGAUUAAAAUAGUUAAAAUUGUUUAAGUUGCAAAUAAGAAUCUAAUCAAGUACUUUAUAAAAAUAAAUGUUAAUGUGCAUCUAACUAUUUUUUAAAUCAAUUUAAUGUAUGUUAAAAUUGUAAAUCUGAGGAUGGAAAAGUAAUAAAAAGUUGUAAAUAUGUAAAUUGUGGGGAUUCUUAAUGGACUUAUGGUGAAGAAUGUGAUGAUGGGAAUAAUAUUAAUAGAGAUGGUUGUUCUAAUUGUAUUAUUGAUAAGAAUCAUUCAUGCAUAAAUAAUUUACUAGAUAGAUCAAUUUGUUUUUAAUGUUCAUAAAAUUGUAUUCUAUGUGAACACGAUGCUUUAUAAAAAUAAAUAGUAUGCAAAAAAUGUUAAUCUGGUUAUUUUCUUGAUAAAAACUAAUGUAAUAAAUGUAAUGAUAAAUGUAAAGAAUGUAUUGAUUCAUCAUCAAAUUGCUAAACAUGUAGAAUUGUUUAGAAAGAUAAUAAUGAAUGUAAAUUAUGUGAGUCAAAUGGUGGAUAUUAUACAGAUUUUUAUAAUAAUUUAUGUUUUACUAAAUGUGGCGAUGGUAUCAAAUCUAAAGAUGAGGAAUGUGAUGAUGGCAAUCUCAUAGAUUUUGAUGGAUGUAACAAAAUUUGUAAAAAUGAAAAUAAUUACAUUUGUUAAAUGGGAAUAUGUUCAUAUGUCUAACUUACACCAGUUCCAAAAUUAAAAACAUAUGGAGACAAUUCAAUUUAUAAUCCUAUAAGAUUAUUUUAACUUACAUAUAAUCUUGAUCUAGAUUUACCUAUCAAUUUUAAUUUAUCUGAAUUUUUACAAUUAGAACUAUACUAAAAUUUUAAAUCAUAUAAUAUUAAUUAUGAGUAUAAGAUUAUAUAACAAUUAGAAAAAUCAAAUUAAAAUAAAACUUAAAUUUCUGCCAUUAUUUAAUUAACUUUGAAUAGAAGUUCAGAAAAUGAAUUUUUAUAAUUAUUAUUCAACAAUUUGUCACUAUUUUCGUCAAAUGGUUAAGUAUAAUAGGUUUCUUAAAUUAAUGAACAGAUCAGCAAAUUUAUUAUUAUUGAACAAUCAAUGAUCUAAUAGGUUGAAUUAAUUAAUUCAGGGAAUUAUUAUAUUCUCUAUAUUUUAGCAGGGUUUGCUGGAGGAUCAAUCUUAUUUGGAGGAGUUGAUUUCUUUUACAAUCUUCUUGACACUUUACAAAUGCUCUCUUAUCUUAAAUAUAUUAAUACUUAGUUUCCAUAUAAUUUAGAAUAAUUUUUUUAACUGUUUGGAUUUGCUUAAUUAAAUUUUAUUUCAAAAUACUUUGAUAUUUAAGGUUUGAUUGAUCCUUACAUUAAUUAUGAAUAAUUGAAAUCAAUUCCUUAAAAAAUCUAAAAUGAUGGUUAUAAUUCCUUGUUUAUUAUAAAUGGUACAUCUUUAUUAACAAUUUGGCUAUCCUUCCUUUUUAUUUAUUCAACUGCUCUUAUAUUUCCACUUAUUCUAAGAUAAUUUUAAAUGAAGUACUUUUCAGAAACACCAGAUAAAGAUAAAUAUCUUUUAAAAUUUAAAUUAUAUAUUUUAUCACUUAAGAUUUUUGUAGGAGAACUUUGCUAUAUAAUCAUUUCUGAAUUUAUUUUCAGUGGAAUGAUUAGAACUCAUAUUUCAACUGCCUAUGAUCUUACAUUUUCGAUGAUUCUAUAGAUAUCAGCUUUAGAAUUAAAAUCUGAAGAUGAUCUAGUUAAAAUGAGUUCUGUAUUGUCAUUAAUUGCAUUGGCUAUUUAUUUAUUAAUAAUUUAUGCCAUUACUAAUAUUGCUUAACUUAGUAAUUUAUCUAUAACUUAAAAAAAUAUUUAAUAACGUUAUGGCUCAGUAUUUGAGGGAUUAAGCUUAACUUAAUAUUGCAAAUAUACAAAUGCUAUUCUUCUAUUUAAAAAAUUAGUUUUUAUGAUCCUUUUGAUUUUUACCUAUGAAAAUCCACUAUAUCAAUCUAUAAAUUUGGCUUUUCUUUCUUUGAUUUAAAGUUUAUUAAUUUAUUAAUUUAAACCUUUUAAUGAUCAAAAUGAGUAUAAAAAGCAAUUAUCAUGUGAAAUUAAUAUUUCUAUAACAUUAUUUCUUAUAUCAAUUUUAAUUAUUGAUAAAGAUUUAAAUUUUUUUACAGAAGAUGAUAGAACAAAUCUAGGAUGGUGCUGCAUAAUUUGCAUUUGUUUUAUUUUGGUCAUUUAAUUAGUUUUAGAUAUAUAUUAAUAAUGGAAAUUAGUAAUAAAAAAAUAUCGAAAAAUAAAAAGAUUGAUCGAAAAAAUUAACAAAUUAUUUUUUUCUUAAUCAAAAUAAUAUGCAUCCCAUACACCUCUAAGUAUGGUGCAUUGA